AUCAGAAUGAUUGUGUUCAAGCUUCUGAACAGUUUUGGUGGCAUGUUCUGCAGUCAUGGCUAGAGUCUGGUUACCAUUAUGUCUACCACUCUUCUUAUUUGCAAGCACACUCUGUCUAGAUGUGAAUCAAAUCCAAGUCCCUACAAAUGAUGGGAUUUCUGGAGUAUUGUUAGUCCAAGCCAAGAACAACGUGUACAGUUUUAAUGCCACCACAGCUAAAGAGGCAUGUGAGGCUAUUAAAAUGAGAAUUGCUAAUAAGGCUGAAGUGGAAACAGCAAACAAAAAUGGUUUUCAAACAUGCAGGUUUGGUUGGGUUGAGGAGCAAAUCGCAGUUAUUCCUCGAACAGAGAAAAACGAAAAAUGUGGUAAAAACGUGUUAGGCAUUAGUGUUUGGAGAGCUGACAUCAGCAAAAUGUUUGACGUUUACUGUUUUAAGCCAGCAGGUCCUGGUGGAUCAUUUGAAACAACAUCAAACAGGCCUCAACCUACAACAGGAGGAAGAACACCAUCAAACAACCAUUAUUCCAUUAAAACAACCCAUCCGCCAUCCAUUAAGUCAACCUCUACUCCCGCCUACACAUCAAGAUCCCUUCCACCCUACACAUCCACCCCAUCCAUUUCCUUUGCUAUCAGCACUUCCUCUGAAACAUUUAUAACUCUUAAUCUUUCUAACAUCAGUGACAGUUCCCAGACAACAACAAACCCAGCAUCUCAUUUACCUCCCAGAACUUCGCCCGAAUUCUCAACCUCGUCUUCCUCUCAUUCAUCCACUCAUUUUCUUCUUCAGCAUAGUUCAACUCAAACAGACCAGCCUGCAUUGUCCCAGACCACAACGCUGAGCAAACCAUUCAUUAGAGCUCCCAAAACAUAUGUCAUCAUUUCCAUCGUGCUACUGUUCCUGCUGUCAGCAGCAGGUGCAGCUUGGUAUCUUAAAAUUAAAAGAGGACGGCAGUUUCCAUCAUGGACCAGAAUGAGGCAAAAUCAGAUUACUGAAACCGAGAUGUGGAAACAAAUAAGUGAGAGGCAUUGGAUGCCAGAACAGACCAACAAAGACAACAAUAGGAAAUGCAACAGCAUCAUCCUUCAAAUGGAACAAGACCCGAACUCACAUUAAAAAAACAGUGCAUUUUUGUAAAAACACUGUACUAAAAAAAAAAAGUUUGUUACACAGAAGAAAGGAAGUCAUACUGAUUUUUUGGGGUGGAAAAAGAGUUUAAAUCUUACUUUGUUUUUAGUUUGCUGCUCAUUUAUUUUUCAAAUAUGUGACCCUGAAGCACUAAAUCAGUCGUAAGUAGCAUUGAUAUUUAUAUUUAUAGCAAUAGCCAACAGUAUAUGGGUCAAAAUUAUAGUUUUUUCUUUUAUGCCAAAAAUCAUUAGGAUAUUAAGUAAAUAUUAUGAAGAUAUUUUGUAAAUUGCCUACCGUAAAUAUAUCAAAACUUAAUUUUUGAUCGGUAAUAUGCAUUGCUAAGAACUUCUUUUGGACAGCGAUUUUCUAUAUAUAUAUAUUUUUUUUUUUGCACCCUCAGAUUCAACAUAAUAAUGGAAUAAUGUAUAAAUCUCGAU